CAGGGCGCCCACUCCCACCCUGGUCCCGCUCCGCACGCCGGCCCACCCGCGGAGGGGGGCGAGCUAGAGCGCGGGUGGGCGAACCCGGGAGGGAGAGGGAAGGGGCAGGGGCAGCAGAUGGCGAGAUCAUUGUGCAGCUUUCUCUGUGGAUAGCGGGCCUACAGAUCGGUAGCCCUCUGUGGACAGAUAAAGCUCUACAGGGGAACAAAUAGGUUGCCUACACUCCAGGAUUAUCCUGGAAAUUAAAGAUUAAUCUUUAAUUAAAGGUUAUGUCAGGUGGUGAAACUUCCAGGAAUAGCUACAACCAAACUUGGUAACCCCCAAGGGAGAAAGGUGCAGGGCCCAGUUCCACUCUCCUUAUUCCUGCAGCCUCCUUUAAACCAAUAGGACUGCAAGCCCAGCCUGUGUUUGCAAAGCAGUGAUUUCUUCUGAUUAGUUACUCCUCUGAUCUCCGGGGAAUUUGCUGGAGUUGAAGGGAGUUUACCCUAUGCUAUGAUGCUGCAGGUGGACCCAAGCGUAAACAUGAAGCUGGGGCAGCCACUUUAGUGUGUUUUGUGUAUUUGUUAAACAGAAGCUAUGCUGAUCUACCAAAAAUGAUUUUUAAACAUAUCUUUAUUAUGCAAAUUUAUUAGUGGAUUGGAUGCAUGUUUAACUGCACUGUUAGGUGAACAAUAGUAAUUUUAUACAUAUAUACUACAUCCAUAUUGUGGUAGGCCCUAUUGCGAUUAUGAAAAUAACUACUAUUUGCCCACUAGGUUAUUGUCUGUUGUGAAAACCUGUAUUCAGAUGCUUGUAAACAUUCUAUUUUCAACUACAUUGCUCAUAGCAUCCCCUUCAGAGCCUUUAUGGUCUAUGAAAUCAAUCCUUCGCAUUGAACUUUGAAAACUGGGAACUCAUAAAUUGUUAUGGGUCUUUUGAAGUCAUUAGUCUCUCAAGUAAACGUAUCUUAGGUUGUGAAAUAUGGACUUGAUGAAUGGAGCUUUUAAGUCUUUUUUUGUAUUAAUCUGACCACUGCACAAGUGAUCUAAGGCUGCAUGCUCAAAUCAGUUUUAAAUUUGUAUUUCAAAAAUGUGGGAACUGAUUGUGCAGUCUGCAGCUAGUAGCAUUAGUAGGUAGUGUUGACUUCAAGUUUUGUCAGGUAAGCAUGACAGAAUCAGGCCUGUAUUGUGCAUGCAUUGGGGCUGACUUUUACAACUCUAUAUUCUAUUUGGUUCCAUUAUUAAAUAUUCAUAAACCAUAUGAAGGCUUUACUAUUUGACAAAUUAUUUUUUUUAAAAGAAAGACAUUUUUGAUGUUACAAAUGAAAGCAAUUUUAAACCAGUUACUUUAAAAAAUAUAUAUUUAUAGCCCAAGAUUUUUAUACAUGAAUAGUGAUAUUUAGUGCCUUAGUUUUUGGAUGCACAACCUGAGACACCUUGAAGGGGCCUCAUUUUCAGAAUGUGCUGAGUGCUAAUCCUGUGAAAAUUAGCCCCCUUUAAGAUCACUCAUAUUGAGAAUGCAAAAUCACUAGUGAUUUUUGAAAAUCAUCGCCACAGAAUGUAAGGGCUCUAGACUUUUCUCUUCCUCUGCUUGGUGUGGAGACAAGCAAAAUAGGGCAGAACCCCAACCAGCCCUGUAGAAGGGGGAACCCUAUUUGUAGCAUGCUCCUCCUGUACUGCGAGUGCCCUUCUGUGUGACAUCUGGAGGCUUUGUGGGUCUUUAGAGAUAACUUUCUGAGGGAGAGGGAGGGGAAGGAGUUUGAUAACUUCCCUCUGGAUAAUGUGGAUUUCCCAGGAGAAAUCUGUCCAUGACUUAACUGGUGAAAGGAGCAGUGACUUACCUCCGUGUCUAGAGUCCUUUCAGAGAAAGAGUUCCAAAGGGAACCAUGUGAUUAAGGGAGGGGAGGCUCAGAGAUUGUCAGACUGGAUGUCACUAUGCAAGGAUAAACAAACAAGUGCAUGUGGAUAUAGCGGAUCUGCUGAUUUUACUGACAUAAAUCCUUCAUUUUCCCUUUUGGCUUAAACUGCACUCCCUGCGGGGGAAAAUCUGCCUUUAACUCAGCAGCUUGAGGAACAUAUUUUACCCUUCGAAAGAUUUAUAUGUGCAAGGGGCAGUCUGUAUCCUUAAGAGUCAAACAACUUUUUCAGAUAGACCAAAAACAAAAUCAUUUGAGUCUAGACACAGAGUCUAUAUGAUAAGUUCACCUUGGGAUCACAAAACUGUAGCUUAUGCUAAAAGCAGUUUUUGCAGUGUUGAUGUAGCCAUGUCGAUGCCAGGAUAUGAAUGAGGUAAUCUUUUAUUGCACCAACUUCCUUUGGUGGGCGGUACGGCUUUCAAGCUACGCAGGGCUCUAUUUAGCUUGAAAGCCUGUACCUUCUACAGCAGAAGUUGGUCCAAAGAAAGAUAAAAGCAUAGACAGAACAAACCUCACCUCUCAGGACAAAGGACACCAUUAUACUAUACUGGAAAAAUGGGCCACAUUCUGCUCUCCAGUGAUGUCACUGGGUUGCUCAGAUGCUCCAAAACUCAGAAAAACAAAACAUAAAAAGGCGGGUGGGAAAUAAAAGACACUCUGGAUGAAAAAAAAAUAGAGUGGAUAAUAAAACUAUAAUGUAAGCUCAGCAUGGACUUGGUGUAACAAAAUUGUCUUCUUUUUGGGAGCUAACAACUCAGGAUCAGAGCUUCUAAUUACUAAGGACUCAGUCCUGCUCCCGUUGAAAUCAGUAGCAAAACUUCCAUUCAUUUUAAUAGGAGCAGGAUUAGACCCCAGUUUUUUUAAUUACGAAGGCUCUAUUUACUGAGACUUCUUAGUGAAAUUACACUUGUUCAGAGAGAUUGUACAUUGUAUUUACUAAUGACGUUAGUCCUGCUACACUGCAUUUACUAAUUAUGUUAGUCCUGCUGAAUACAUGCCUUAUUGCUAAGUGUUAUUUAUUAGCACAUACCCCGCUUUUUGAUGCUCGUAUUAUGCUUUACCUAUGUACUGUCACUAUCGUUUUCAAAGUCUAGGUAUGCUCUUUGCUUUGGAUGCUGCUGCAUACCUUCUGGCAAAUUAGAUAGUAGAUAACGAAAAUGCAAACUCUGCUGGCAAAAAUGGGGUGUUUUUUUAUUGUAUCUUUAUCGCAAAUACCAUGGCAGCUUCCCAAAUGCUGCUUUGUGCCCUUGAAUGCAGAAGUUAUUGUGUCAGAAUAAACAAUAAGAACUGAUACUACUUAUGAAUUCUAAUUCCCAGAAAUAGUAAUAUCCAUGGAAAGCCACUUAAAGCCAGUGUAAUCUUCCUAAAUAAAAAGAAACCUAAGGGCAGAUCUCUCCAGGGUCAUGCAACCAGUACUUGUAAAACACUUCAGUGCAGUGUAUGUAAAUACGGGCGUUAUACAAGUAUGGUGAGCUCAGAACAAUGGUUUCUUGCAACAUAUCUUGCUUAGUGUAGGAAGGGUCUGUAUGACUAAUAUGUGGAGUGCAGCUGAGCCCCUCAUAUCCCUUCUCUACCCCAAUAUUUACGCAUGCAGGACCAAGCAGGGAGUCAACAGUGUCUGUGCAGUCCAGUGGAGCAUGUGGAAUAGCAUCCACUUGACUGGACAGCUUGCUUGUGCUGUACAAGUGACUUGCAAAAGGGAAUGCACCAAGAGAAAACUUGAGUUUCCCAGCAUUAGCCCAUGCCUCGUUGGCCUAGAAAGUGAAUGCAGAAAAGCACAAUUGUACUUUAGAUAACCAGACAAACAAAAAAUGUCGUGACAGAGAGAAUUAUUUAAAAGGCAAUAAUCCAUCUCCAGUCUUAAAGGUCAUUAUCUCUGUAGCAUGAUUUAACGUGUACUGUACUUCCCUGAUGGGUAAAGUAAAGAGAAAGUUAGUUUAUGAUGUUACUACUGUGUUUAUUUCAUAAACCAAAUGUUUAAGUUAACAUAACUUUUUCUUUGUUUAUCUAGGCAGUUUAUUCGACACAGAUUGCCCUGGUAUCCGAGUGCUUUUAUCUUUACAUCACCACUGAGAAAUUAAGAAUAUGAUUUACUGUUUUAAUAAUUAUAUUGGCACAUAAAGAAGGAUUUAGUAGUUCACCAGGCACUGAACUAAGUCUUAUGUUAAUUCCAUGAUAAGACCACAGUUUAAGUGAGCUUCAUAUUUUACGUGUUGCUUUAAAUAUGGAAGAACCUUCCUUCCAUCAGAGGUACCUUUGCUGUCACUCUUUAUGAACUUUUAUUCCUGACUCUGUGUCAAAGACAGACUGUCAUCUCAGUUCAUGUUUGCCAGAUGUAAGAAACUGGAAUGUAAACAAAAUCUAUUGAGAGCUAAAAUAAUUUUCUCCCCAAACUUCACUGCUAGAUGGGAAUGAAUUUUGGGUGAAAUUCACCCCUGUGCAGAGGGACACCAUGAAGCUUCUCUACCCUGUAAGCUCAAUAUGAUUUUGAGAGUGAAGUCCUGACCACAUUGAAGUCAAUGGUAGUUUUGCUCUUGACUUCGCUGGGGCCAGGAUUUCACUCUGAGGUCAUAAGUUAAGGCUUACAUGGUGUAUACCAUAGUCCUUGUGCUGACCUUCUACAAAGAGGUCAAAUUCACCCUUUGCUUAUGCUCUUCAGGACAUCUUUCAGGAGAGACCUGUGGACACUUGCUCACAUAUAGUCCCUUUUACAGUGUUGUUACUGAACUUGCCAGUUUUUUAAUGUUUUUGAAAUAAAAUAGCAUGAUUCCUAGAAAGCAAGCUCUCCAGAGGGUGAGUCAACAGCUAUGCAUAGUAUGUUUAUAGUUGGCACACAGUAACCACAGUGGGGGUACAAAGGCCUCUAAGAAAGAUACUCGGCUAUUACGCUACCAAAAAAAUCUGGGGGCUUGAGAGAGAGAGUCCAAAGGACUGGCAUGAGCCCUCUCCUCAUCUCGGACCCUCACACUCCAGUCCUAGAAAAAUUGCAUCUCACACAGAGCCUGAUUCUGCUGCCAUUGGAAAUCAAUGGGCAUUUUGCCUUUAAUGGAAGCAGAAUUGGCCUAUAAUUCUUUGACUGAAUGGAUUCAGAUUUGAAUUUAAGUUGAACCCAAGAUUUGUUUUCUAAAAUUUCAGGGCUUAAAGCCUUGUUUACAAGGAUUCAUACAACAGCCAAGUCUCAAGGAGUCGGCUCCAGUGGUGUUGGAGGUAAUACACAGAGGAUAACAAGUCCAAAUGCACACAGCUGGUAGGCCCAGAGGAAUUUACUUGUUUUUAUUCUGUGUUUUCCUUCAGGAAUUACUGUCUGAAACUUAAGGACAACAAAAGGAUGAUUUUUUUUAAUUUAAGAUGAAAGCUACCAUCUGUGCAUGUUUGGACUCUUUCCUUUAUUGUCAAAGGUAUUUGUAUUUCUGUCAAAAUACCAAAGGUGUCCCUAUUCAUGUUAAUAAGAGAGUUUAGUACAUAGGUUUCCAGCGCACAGUCAGCUUCAUAUACAUCUCCUUGCAUGGUACAUGUCCGUACAUGACCCUUCAAAGGGUCAGAAGCCCUUCUGUUUUUCCUUAACAUUUCAUACCCACAGGCCUGAUUCUUUGCUGUCUGGCACCUUGUUAUAUGUUCAUGGCAUACACACAGAGAAGUUAGAUAAAAACAUAAAUACCCUUGCUGCAGGGUGGGAAUGUAACACUACUUUUAUUUCCUAAAAUUCAGGAAUAACACACAAGAAUCCAAAAAUAGAAAGCAGAUUGUCCCCCAAAACAGAGAGGCACAACUCAGCCCUCUUUACACUGGGUUGGCUGCCUGCAAACCAGUUGGUACUAGGUCCAGAAUCGCAUGCUUCUGUACAGAUCCUGCUAGCCUGCAGGCGGGACCAGGAAAACCCCUGAGCAUUUCAAGUGAUCGCUUACAGUUUCAAUACAGCUUUCAGUACACCACUCUUGUGUAGAACACUACCACUGGUGUGUGAAUGGAGGGAAUGUACCCCCACUUUGUACAGAUGGAAAUGACUAUACAAGGUGCCAAACAGCCUAGAAACAGGCUGUGAGACUAUAAUUUUAUGGUGUCACUUGUGCAAUUUAUACACUCUUUAUUGAUGGCCUUCCAUAUUUGAAAUGUCAGAGCCCACUGGAUUAGUAUGUUCAUAUUACUAGGGGGUAUUCAAUUUUUCUUUUUAAAGUGACAAUUUCAGUGUUUUCUUAACUGAACCAGAAUUUUACUGCUCCUACCUUUGCAUCCUUCUUGGAAGAAUAUGUAAAGAAAUGAUAAGCCACCACAAAAUUCCAUUUAAUUACACAUUAGUACUGUAACCACAGGACAGACAUGCAGUUCUAAUCCAGAAUCAAACCCAAAUCCACUCUACCCCAAAGUUCAGCAGUUGUUUUGCAUUUGAUGUUUCUGUUUCUCCCAUUCUAGAGACAGGUCAGAGCUGUGAAGUUUGGAUCUCGAUCUAAAGAGUCCCAAAUGUUUGGAUGCGCUACAGGCACGUUUCCGUAUAUAGGUCCCUUUUACAAUGUCUAGAAUCGAAGUGUUGGAAGCUUGAAUUAUACAUACAACAUUAAAUCUGACUUUGAAGUGCAUCAUUUUGUGUCCAGCGCUGUUUUAACUCUCCCUUCAGUUCCUCCUGUCUUUAGCCAUGAAACCCACGGACCUGAACCUCACCCACAAAUAGGUCAUCCGAGGUAGAAAUGUACAUGCCCAGAGGACAGUCUGUGCAGAAUGCUUUUCUUCAUUGGCAGGUGCUGAAGUUGUUUGUUCUGUGGGUAGCUGCAAUAUGAUUGUCAGGACAGUGAUUCUGCAGUUAGAGUAGAGGCUACUUAUGGUGUUGUUGCCUCAUCCUCCCAGACACCAAGUUCUUCAGCCUACUUUAGAUUAGGAGGAAUUUGGUCCUUGCUCUUAGCUGCUUAGUUUGUGUGUAUUGUUUUAUUUUCCUAAGUGGUUUCAAUAUUAUAAAGAAAAGUUCUCCAUUGAACAGGUCAGGCCCAGUGCUGGGCUGCUUACUCAGACAAAGCUCUCAUUGAUGUCCAUGGGAGAUUUUCUGAGUAAGGAGCUGAAACGCAGGCUCCAAAGGAAGUGAAUGAAUUGUUGCAUAUGUUACGUUCCAUUUUAAAUGUCGAGGUGUUGAAAUGUUUGAUUUCUGAUCUAUCGAAAGCUUUAGGGUUAAUGAUGGAGUCCAAGAAUUGCCAAAUCACAUUAAUUUUCUUAUAAUAUACGCUACCCAGUGCUUUCCAGUCGCAGUGAAUGAUAAUUUUCAUAUCACAGUCAACUAUCACAUGUUCAUUUUUCCCCUCAAAAGCUGCUAAAUAUUUCUAAUAAAGCAGAACAUUGGCAGCCAGUUGAUUUACGUUUUGGUCAAAAAGCCAAGCUCUGGUGUUGGCCUUUUUAUUAAAUUUAUAAAUUAAUGCCUUCAAAUACCAAACAUUGCUCACAAAUACUGUAUUUCUAUAUCUCUUAGCAGUUACCUAGCUCAGCCCUCUACCACCCUUCUGCUAGAAAAUUCUCAUGAGGAAGUAAUGGAAGGAGACAAGUUCUAUAUAGCACAGGAGGAAACAGUUGAAGCGAGAUGCAGCAGUACAUCACCAUGGAACAUCUCUGUACAAUGAUAUUAUCAUCUUGCAACAUGGUCAUCGCAUAUUGGAUGAUAGCUCAUUAUUGAAAAAAUGUCUCCCCAUAAGAAACAGUCUAGGGGCUUUCAACUAGGAAUUUUCUGACACCCCCUACUGCAACAAUUGCUAUUUCUGAACUAAUUCUCUCACUCUGGGCCUCUGCAUUUCAAUGAGGACCCAGAUAAAAAUAUUUCUCUUCCCCUGGGAGAGGCAUUACAAGGCACUGUUGAGGCCUUUACGCCUCAUUCCCUGGCCAACUGGAUCUAGAGAAAAGGAGAAUAAAUGUCUGUACUUAGGCUUUCUCAUUGUGGGGGAAAGUGUGCCUCAGGAAGACAAACUGAAUCACCAGGUGUGGAGCCUGUAUUCUGAAGUGUAGGACAGUACUCCUAAAUAAAGAGAGAAGAGGAUGCAGAGCCAUUUUCCUUUAACAUUACUUUAAAAAAAACACAAAGAAUUAGUUACUUUUCUUAAAAUAAAAUACUUUGGUUACAUGCUUUAUUGCGCAUUUAUUCCUGAGUUAUGUACCUAGUGUGAAUGACGCAUGCCUGUGGCAGUUUGAUUGCAUGUAUUUAGAUACUGUGAUAUAUUGUGAAUGCACUGUGUGUGGCAUGGUAUUCUACUGCAUUAUGAUAGACGUAUCAGUGUAUGAUAGUGUUCUGUACUAGCUGAGCUCAUGAAGCUUCUCAUCUGGCUUAUCUAGCAGAAGGCUGUGUUUCAGUGUUACCUAUUCAUAUGUGUAAAUCUGGAUUGUGACUAAUGUCUGUUUAAAGCACGGGAUCUUUAUAGUGUUCCCUGAAGCCUAAGGGAAUUGUAUUGUGGAAUACAUUUCUGUAGCAUUGCCUAAGAAGGGCUUGAUUCUGCAAGGUGCUAAGCAAUCUGUGGAGGUGCUGAGUGCCUUCAGCUCUCUCUGACUUCAGCACGUUGCAGAUUUAAGCCCCAUGGCCCUGAUUCAUGGAGGCUUUCAUGCAUAAUGCUAAGCAUGUGAGUAGUCCCAUGGACUUUCGUGAAUGUGUGUAACUAUGUUGUUAAAUUGUACACUAAAAGAGCUAUUUGUACAAGUGCCGCCUGGCUUUGUCUAGACUAGCAUGGAUAACAACUUUUAGCUGACUUUCUCAUUUUUAAAUUGUUUAUUCUUGGUCACUCUAUUCCUCUUUGCAUUUUUCUAUUUCUGCUUAUUAUUGAAUUGUUUGAUCCCUUCCCCAUUGUUGAAUCCUUGCUGAAGGACAUGAAUUCAUGCAAGUUACAGGGUAACUUCCAAAAACGUGAGCAUAAAUGGGGUAUAGAUCUUUCAUUAAUAGGGUCCUGAGUCUGCUUUUGUUGAGUGCACUAAAUUUAGUUGGGGUGUAAAUCAGGUAUAAAAGGCUAUUUGUUCUUUUAUGCAGACAGUGAUAAAUUAUUACUAAAUUCCUUUUUUCUUUUAAAUAUCUACUAAAAUCACAAUCAAUAUAUUUUCCAUACUUAUUAAAAAUACCUUUGAGUAUUGCUUAUUAUAAUCUCUUAGAAGCUUGAAACUGAACCAUAUUUCCUUACAUAAUACCUUUUUCCUUUGUGCUCCAUACACGAUAGGCCCCAGUUCAGCACGGUGCUCAACUAUUCCUAACACUAAGCAAGUCCAUUUGAAUGCAGUCGAGCAACUCAUGGCUUAAAGUUAGGCACAUGUUUAAGCACCUUGCUGAAUCUGUACCUAAGGCCACAUUCCUUCAGAGUGAUGCACAGUAACUUCAUGUACUGUGAGUAAUCCCAUUGGCUUCAAAGGGAUUGUCCAGUGCAUAAAGUUAACCCCUUGCUUACUCCUGCAUGCUCGUUAUGGCAGCAUGUAGAGUACAUGCACUUCCCACCUCCCUAGUAUGGGUAUAAAUAGCAGUGUAGGUGGUGAGGCAGUGCUUAGGUGAGCAGAGUGAAGACAUGCCUGAAUCCGUAGGGUAUGUACCCCAUGCAGCUCUCUGCGUGCCCAAGCAGUGCCUCCUCCAUCUACACUGUUAUUUUUAGCAGUGUAAUGUUCCUCUGCUGGAGUCUUUCCCCAUCACAGGGAAAGGCUCCCACAACGGGGAAAGACUCGGGCAGCUCCCUGUGGUGGGGACAGGCUCUGGCAGCGCAAAGCUGCCAGAGCCUUUCAUUGCUGCAUGUAGGUACACACCGCAAUGUGGAUGCAGCCUCUUUUUCACUGCAGUGCGUAGCAAUACAUACUCUACACACUGCCACCAUUGGUGGAGUACCCUAAGUCUUUUCAGGAGUGGGGCCUGAUUUGUUUACUGUGUCGUUGUCCAUGAAUGUUUAGAUGCCAGUAUUCGUUAUAUUAGGUUUUAAAAAAAGAAACGGCUUGUUUAUUUGAGGUGAAAUUCACUCUUUUUGAAGAAAACCUUGGAAAAACUGCAUGAACUUCGCAAGUUGCUACAAAAGCAAAGAAAGAUGAGCUCCUACCAGCCUUGACAGUGUCUUCUCAAUAUACUGUAGACCGGGUUACUUUUUAUUACAUAUGUAAUACUGAGCACUAGCUGUGAAAGUUCCAUCAAUACUCUUUCCAAGCAUUGGGUUAUUAACUCCUGGGCUUUGAGCCGAACUCCAACUUGGGUGAUUAUAUUCUUGUUACCUAAAGUUUUAAAGAAAGUUGUUGUCAUUCCCUUCCUCUCCUAAAGUCUGUUGUGUAGUGUUGGUAGUGCAAAUGGCUACAUGUCAGUGGUGGGUUGAAGCGAUUCCUGUAUAAAUAGGAGCCAGACCCUGCCAUCAGUGGGAGUUCUGCAAUGGGGAAUGAUUGCAGGAUAUAGUUUAGAGUUUGUAAAGUACUGAGGGAUCUUCCAAGAUUAAAGUUGCUAUUUGUGUAUAUCGUAGAGGCAGGAUUUAUUAUUUACAAAAGAUCAAAUAUAAGAUUUUUUUUCUUGCUUACCACUUCUAGCCUGACAACUAUAGCUUAAGCUGUCAAGAAUUUGUAAUUCUUAAGUGAUGUAGUAUAACUAAUAGUAUUACAUAGUCCCGUAUGUAGAUAUAUCAACACAAAGUUCUGCGUUGAUUGUCUUAAUUUGGCUGAAAAAUUCAGUAAGAGCUGACCAAAUCUUGCUCACUUUAUUGGUGCAAGUUGUCUCAUGGACUUCAAGAGUUACUUAUGAGUAAAUUGAGCAGGAUUUGACCCAUUAUUUGCAUAUGAGAGUUGAAUUGGACAAAGGCGGAGUUGCUGUAAAUGUGGUCAAAAUACAGAAGAAUUUAAAGUGAUAUGGAUAUUUUUGUUACGAAAUAUCAGAAGAAAAGGACACUGAAUCUUAGCAGAUAGCAGACAAUACAGUGUAUUAAAAUAAAGAAUUGCAGUAAGAUCACUUACAAUGCUACUUGCACAGUGUUAUUUAUUCUAUCAACAAUUGUCCUAAAGGAACACUACAGUGACUAGGGAGUUUUGUGGGUGUAAUCAAAGCAGAAUUUGGCCCUAGAUUUUCAAAGUGGUUUUCCUUUAGAACAGUUAUGUUGAACAUCAACUGCUGGCAUUUCAAUCAAUGAAGUUGUCUUAUCCAAUUAUAUAACCUUAGCAGGCUCGGUCCAUGCCUAGAUGGGAGACCAUUCCAUACCACUCCCCAAAAAAACCAGAUGCCUCUUUCCCCAUCCCACCCAAAAAAACCCACUCCCACCAGAAUACAGGUGCUACAGGAAAAUGUGUGGGAUCAAGUAUAUAUGGAAGUAGCAUUUUUCCAUUUGUGCCAGCUCUGGAUUAGUUCCCUAUCAAUGGUGAUAGGUAGGUGCUGUCUUUCGGAUGAGACUUACUACCAAAGUUCUGACCACCCUCAGUCAUUAAAGAUCCCAUGACACUUUUUGCCAGUGAAGCAGUGUGUUGCUUCUGGUGUCCUGACCAUAUUUCAGUUGGUUCAGCAUCUUUCUUUGCUGUCUUUCCUAAACAGUUGUAUAGUAUUGUUGUAUGCAGUUAAGCAGCCACUGUGUUUUAUCCCAGAGGAGCUGCGUUUCAGUGGUGGUAGAAGUGACUACCUGAAAAGCAGUGGUAUAGUGGUAAAAAAAAGAAUUGGAUAAACUAACUUAAACUAAACUCCAUAUUCAUCAAAUGAGAAGUGAGUAAACUAUUUACCUGUGCUUACACUAUACUACUGGUGAAACGGGAAUUUUUUUAAAGUGGUUUGGGAACUUUCACGAUGGAAGUUGAUAUAUAAAUGUAAGAAGAUUAUUGUUAUUACAAAGUUAAAACCCAAUAACCUAGGUUUGUAUGUAUCUGAUGUCAGUGUUGGAGCUGGGAUUUUAACACUCUUGCUAUUCUUUUUUGUAGGCCAAUGCUUUUUACCUACCCAGAAAGCACUUUAAAACAGAAAAUGUAAAAAUAUCUGAGCCUGGGCAGUUUCAGCAGGCACACAAAGCAACCUAUUCCCUCUCCCUUGUGCAAGCCCAGUCCUCGUGCCUGAAAUGAUAGCCAGAUCAGUGUAAGAACUGACUGGGGUUGACUCGAACCAUCCUCUUCAUAUCAUAUUGUGAUCUAGACACACAUUACCAUUGGCUUUGUAAUUAUUGAGGUUAUUAUAGGGUCCUGAUUUAUGUUAUCUCUGAUUUACACCUGUUUCAGUGAGAGAACAAUCAGGCCCAUAGGAUACAUAUCAUAUCAUGGUAUGAUUACAUAUGUCUAUUUAGGUUAAACAUGGUCGAUCAAUACUAAUUUUCUAAGUCGGUAUAGUAUGUUGAGCCGAAUUCACUCCUAAAGUAACUUCAUUGAAAUCAGUGGCAUUACACUGGGGUUGAGUUUGGCUCAUAUGUUUUAGAAAAUACAUUUGCAGGAACAUCUCAUUCAGUAGGUUGUAUACAUAGGUUAUUUCUUGCUAAAAGCGUACCCAGAGAGGAUGAAAUGCUGGCUCUAUUGCAGUCAAUGGCAAAAUUCCCACUGACUUCAGUGGAGCCUGGAUUUCACCCUGAGUGUGUGUUGUGCCUCAUUAUUUAAACACUGCAUCACUAUUCAUAGCAAGCCUGUCAAAGUAAUAAAUAUCUAAAACAAUACAUUAGCCUAAAUAAAUAGCAUCAAUAAACAAAACACCAGUUAAAAAUAGUACAGUGUGCUCAAUAACUGUAAUGAACUACAAAACUCCCACUUCACACCACACAAUGAGAGCAGCUGAAAAACAGGUAUUUCACAGUGGAAGAGCUAGCGAAUUUCCACAAGGAGAACUUUGACUUUCUUUUCUCGACAGGAGAAACUCGUAUUUGAAGUCAUCUCUAAUAAAUGAGACUCUGUGGGUCAAACAUCAUAGUGCAACUCUUCAGAUUUUUAUCUCUGACCAAUGUGAAUGAAAUGGUUGCGGAGUAAGAACUCCUAUACAUGAUCUAUAGAGAUUUGCUCCUGUAGAGUACAUUAUGCCUGAUCCAGUGCCCACUGAAGUCAAUGGAAAGACUCCAGAGACCCCAAUUAGGUUGGAUUGAGCCCAAUUAGAUGUUGAUCUGUCAUGACUCUCGAAAUACACAGAAAUGUCAUUAUGGUCAGUCCCCCUCUCUUUUUCUCUACAUUCUCCCCUAUGUGCUAUACAUAGUUGUACAGUUUGUAUAUUUAAAUGAUUAUAUCAGAGUAUACCACUCCUCGUGCCAAGUUUGAGAUAUGUGCCCAAUCCAUGGUGCGUGCACAUAAAUAAUGCUAAGUAUAUGACCUUUAAUUGAGAUUGUUUUUAUUGCAUUGCAAUUCUGUGUUGAAAUAUUGCAAUAGUUAAUUGUGGGGCCUCAGUGGAAAAACAAAAACAAAAAAACAGUGUUCCUGAUUUAUUUCAUAACACCAGCUGGUGCAUGGAUCCAGAAUAAAUGCAAUUGGUUUGUGUGAGCAGUUGUAUACAGUCUUGACUGCGUGUUUCUGGUACAGUAUGUACUGUGACCUAUGAGAAAUAGUCACAUACUUUGCCACAGGAUAAAUUGUUUUUCUCUGAAACUUAACUUGGAGCUGACAGGUGUGGCUUAGCGCGUGGAAGAUCUUUUCAUAUAUUUCUGGAUAUAAGAAACUGCAUUCAGUGUCUGUGCUACUUUUUUUCACUGAAACUUUUCUUCCAUAGGAACCUACUGGAUCUCUAGGGAAACCUUAAUAGUAAGGUAGUAACAGUAACCAACCCCUUGAUGGCAGGAGUUGGAAUUUCUCGGCACGUAUCUCCCAUGAUCGGUAAUGGGAUGUGAUGUGAUUGCCGAAAACCAGGGAGCCAAUGAGCAUUUUCCUAGUAGAAAUAGGUGGUAGACACUACAGCUGGGAUUUUGUUCUAAUUGCUGGAAUUUGGGGAUCAUGCAACCAGAAAAGAUGCUUGAGUAAAGAGACUCUGGAAAUACACUUAAAAAUGAGUCUAAAUGAGAAGCUGAGUAACAUUAACAUACUCUUCUUAAACUGCCCUCUCUGAAAGAUUGGAACUGAAUCAUUUUGAGGUACUGUCUUUCUUUCUGUUGUAAAGGUACUUAAUUAUCACUAAUUAGGCUUAUCAAAUUAAUUGACUUUGUAUUGUUUAGUAGCAUUUAUUGUAACUAUUCCACCCAGAUUAGUUGCACUUUAGAAACUAAUCUUUAUUGCAGUGCAUUGCUUCAAAAAAAAACCCACAACCCCCCACCCCACACACAAAACACCUAAAAACUAAUCCUGAUACUGGGUCUUCAUGUAACCAGUCAGUGUAUGUGCAUGUGCCUUUUGAUCCUUCCACAGCACAACAGAACUGUUCGAUUUCCCUUGCAAGGCUCAGUAAAUUUGGCAGGUGGGGGUCUUUUAUUUUAUUUUAUUUUAUUUUAUUUUAUUUUAUUUUAUUUUUUUUGCUUACUGCUGCAGCAAAGAUUAGAGCUUCUUUGCGCAUGUGAUUUAUGGGGAAGGGUUUAAACACCAUAGAUGGAAUCGUUAGUCAUUGCUACCAAAUGAAACAACUCUCAAGGAGUGUUACAAUUUUUAAAGUCCCCGCAGCCUUAACUGACCCUUAAAAACCGUUUAAUCCUGUUGCUCCCAGAUUGAGUCCAGGUUGUGUGUUCAUAAUGGAAACAAACUUGAUGUUCUUGGCACAUUCGGUGUUCAAGAAGAAAAAUAUUUACUUAACAUGGGUCUCAUUUGGCAACUGCUUCUUGUAAUGCCUGUCAAACACUAUAAAAAUUUACUCCAUAUCCAGUACUCUCUAGAGACAUAUCAUUGAGCUAACAUGGAUAUAGUACAUGCUUUCUCCCCUAAGAGCUUGUCUAGGUCAAGGUCAUUAUUGUGUCAUUGUGAGUAACUAACAGUAUUCCAACUUUCACUAGACUUUAUAGAAUAUUUUAUUGCUAGUCUUGCAAAAUCUUUAAUAGUAAAUAUCUGAAGGUAAAACUAAAUAUUUACAGUGCUAAAUACACUGUUAACUGGACAGAUUCUCUAUUGGCGUAUCUCCAUUGAAAUCAAAGAAGAUACACUUGAGAUGAAGUUGACCCAGUAUUUAGAUGUUAUUAAGUUUAAAUUUUCUCUGUCAUGUUCAGUACAGUAGUCCUUGUUACUGUGAGUUUGCACAGGAUUAGAUUCAUUGACUUCAACUACAACUAAUUUGGCUUUAUUAAUGAAAAAAUAUUUCACUAAGGUGAGUCAUAUAUUAUGCUUAUUUCUAUAGGGAAGCCAUGUCAUUUUGAUACAACAGUCUCAGCUACUGUACAGUGGUUAAGGAUAUCCCAUUCAUUAGCUGUCCAGAGUUCAGUGUGGAGUUCUACAUUGGAAGGGGUAGCCAACGCAAUUUAUAAAACUUUUUUUUUUAACAGUUCUAGUUCAGGUUUAUUAGAGCUCUUCAAGCGGAUAGUUUUGCCUGGGGUGUAUGCAGAACGGGUUGUAACUAUCUAAUAUUAAAUCUUUGUGGUCUUGAUGGUCAUAUAAAGAAACAGUAAAAGAAAAUUGAUAUCAUUUGAAAUAUUUAUUUUACAGAGCUCCUUUUGUAGGUUAAAUGCACAGCAGUGACUUUUCUCUCUGUUAUACAGAGGAGCCAAUAUACUGUUACACACCCCACAACUUCACCCGUGACCAAGCUUUGUAUGCCAGAGGAUAUUGUUGGACAGAACUAAAAGAUGCCUUGCCAGGAGUUGAUGCCAGCCAUUGGCCCUCCUUGUUUGAGCAUAAGUUCCUUCCUUAUGCACUGCUGGCUUUUGCUGGCAUAAUGUACAUUCCAGCUCUUGGCUGGGAGUUUCUAGCCUCCACCAGACUGACUUCUGAGCUUAAUUUUUUGCUUCAGGAGAUCGAUAACUGCUACCACCGUGCAGCAGAAGGGCGUGCACCAAAAAUAGAGAAACAAAUACAAUCCAAAGGCCCUGGGAUCACAGAAAGGGAGAAAAGGGAAAUCAUUGAGAAUGCAGAAAAGGAAAAAAGCCCUGAGCAGAAUUUGUUUGAAAAAUACCUGGAAAGAAGAGGGCGAAGUAACUUUUUGGCUAAACUUUAUCUUGCGAGACAUUUAUUUAUCAUAUUUUUAAGCAUUAUACCAAUUACAUACUUAUCCACCUACUAUGCUACGCAGAAGCAAAAUGAGUUUACAUGUGCACUAGGAGAGCCUCCUGACAAAACGAGCAGCUCCAAAUUGCACAUCAGGGUGAACUGCAAGCUGCCAGCUGUCCAGCUGCAACGGAUAAUUGCUGGAGUAGACAUAGUCCUCCUCUGCUUUAUGAACUUGAUCAUUCUCAUCAACUUAGUUCACCUUUUCAUAUUCCGCAAGUCCAACUUCAUAUUUGAUAAACUGAACAAGGUUGGAAUAAAGACCAAGAAACAGUGGCAAAAGUCUCAGUUUUGUGACAUCAAUAUUUUGGCUAUGUUUUGCAAUGAAAAUCGGGACCAUAUAAAAUCCCUGAACCGCUUGGAUUUUAUAACAAAUGAAAGUGAUCUGAUGUAUGAUAAUGUGGUGCGCCAGUUGCUUGCAGCACUGGCCCAGUCUAAUCAUGACGUCACACCCACCAUGCGCGAUUCAGGGAUUCAGACUGUAGACCCCAGUGUCGAUCCAGCAGACAUCGAUGCCAAUGAACAGCUCAUCAUUAAGAGACCUAGGAAGAAGAUGAAAUGGAUCCCAAGUAGCAAUCCACUUCCUCAGCCAUUCAAAGAGCAGUUAGCUAUUAUGAAGGUUGAAAACCACAAACCUGAAAAGCCGAAGCCAGUGCGCAGGAAAACAGCAACCGAUAGCCUCGUCGCUCCUCUGAUAGAGUCCACUUCAAAAACCUCACAGCAAUCAUCAUCUCAUAAAACUGAGUCAAACACCAUCUCCGGCACAGGCAAUGAGAAAAAACAUACACGGCACUUUUCCCUGGAUGUUCAACCAUAUAUACUUAGCAGUAAAAAACCCAAGCCAGAGAUUCAAGCCAUUGCCUCAAUGCCUGCAUCCAAAAGCCAAGAGGGUGGAUUUUUAAACCAAGAGGAGAAUGUCGUAGUUCAUGUCACCUCUUCUCUCAAAGUCAUCCCAAAUCAUGAGAAAGAGAUUCUGUACUCAUCUGAGACAUGCAGAACUGUCCCUGCUGCUGGGGCUUACCUCUCAUGUAAUCACAAUCAUACAGCAACAACUGCUGCUGCAACAAAUAUAACCCUGAGCCACAUCAAACCAGAGCCAACAGCUGCACUGAAUCGUAAUCCUACUCACCCUCUGCUGAACGUCAAUACACUGUAUGAAGAUCACGAGGAAGAGGUUUCCAACCUUAUAGACAACAGUAUUCAUUCACCAACUGAUGCAGGGGAAAUACUCUCCCUACCUACCCCAAAGCAUAUAAUGAUGGCAACAUUUGAAGAACCAAGGGCAAUAGUGAGUUCUGUGGAGUACUAAAGAUAUAGUGCUGCAUGGAUAGAACCUGGUGGUCAGGUCCAGUACCACUGUAAUGGAACCCUCAACAAUGCAACUCACUGCAUGAGCAUGGAGAGUUUUAAUACAGACCAUAGGCUUUGGUAAUACUACAAAUUGAUUUUUCAGGAUAGCAUCAUCACCACUGUCACUAGUUUGCAAAAUAGAAUAAUAAAAAAAAAUCGGAUGAAAGUAUGCCUUUACCUCCAAGAGUAUCCAAGCACAAAAAGUUAGCUGUAGCUUCAUCAAUUAAAUAUGGAUCGAUACAACUUUUGAAACGCUAAAAGAGUUUGAUGGCAUGUCACAGUGAUUUUUACAGCGCACUUAUAUCCUUUGUAUUUACAAUGGCUAAUUAAAGUUAAAUAGAUAUUGGUGAGGUGUAUCUUCUAUUUUAAUGGCAGGAGUUAAAUAAGAGUUUAAUAAUAAGGAAAAUAUAUUUUUUUCUCCAUGGACUUUAUGAAAAAGACAUAUGCAAGAAACAUUUUUUUUGUUUUUGUUUCUUUGGCUCACUAGUGUUGGACUUGAUGGAGAUUUAGGAUAAGGGCUUACUAACACCAGCAUAUAGUGCAAAAAGGAUUGAAAUGCUUCAGUCUGUUGAAUUUGUGAGUGAGAGGUAUGCCCUGCCCUUUAACAAGCUUAUAUGUCAAUGGAAGAUGAUGAAAUGAAGAGUUUAUUUUCUUAAAUAUAUUUUACCAUUGAAAAAUUACUUUAAUAGCUUUUCAAAUCAGGUUUUGCUUUUAUCAAAAUGGAGAGAAGAGGGUCAUUCUAGCAGCUUAUUUUUGCAUAGUCUAUUUAUGAACCAAGUUAGAAACUUUCACAGGUGCUUCACUAACAUGAAAAAAUCCUACAAUGGUGAUGCAGUGUAAAACCAGCAAUGUUUUCAAACGAUGCAGAGUUAAAGAGGAUUGUUAAUUUAUGUUUGCAGUCUCUUCUGGACUCUGAUCCAGCAAAGCACUUAAGCACAUGCUUAACUAAGCAAGUGAGUAGUCCCACUGAAGUUGCUUGAGAAUACGCACAUGCUUAAAGUUAAGCACAUGCGUAAGUGUUUUUUCUGGAUCUGGGCCAUAAUGUAUACAGACAAUAAUCCUGCAGCAUGUGCUGUCAUUCUGAUUCAAAGUCUGUCUUCCUUAGCCCAAAAUACAUCCUCAUGCCCAUUCAUCCUAUAACUUGGACAUGUGUGAUUUUAUGAGAAAAUUCUAAUAUAAGUAAAAAAUGUACUAAAAAUGUAUCAUGCAAUAAUCAUUCUCCUCAAAAGUAUAGUCAGACAAGAAGAGACUAUAUUAAAAUGAUAUUCACAGCUGCAUUGAAAAUUAUGAACUACUGUGUUUGCUUCAAAAUUCUGUAUGAUGGUAGAAAAAUUAGAGAGCACAAGUAUGGGACUGAAACCUUGAAUAUAUUUUUAAUUUAUAUUACCUCAGACAUGGAUAUAUGAUACCAGUAUUUAAUGAACUAUAGCACUGAAUAUAAAUAAACAUUAUUCUGAA